AUACGCUAAUCGUCCCUCCUUCCUUUCUCUAAUCCUUCAUUCUAAUUAUCCUCCCUCAUUCUCUAGUCACCUUCCUUUCCUUCCCUCUCGCGAUCUUUUCUUCCCUGCAAAAUAGGGGAUUCCUCCAUUCUCGCCGAUUGCCGCCGGCCGCCAACUUCGCGCGACUCCCCUAAAAAAACCACUAAAAUCGCAGUCAGAAAAGCCAAAAAUUCAAACAAAAAGGGAGAGAAAAAAAAAAUCGAAUUUUUCCCGGCCCAACGAUAGCAGAAAUUCGGCGAUAAAACAAUAAUUGACCGAUUUCACCGCUGAUGCCUUGCUCUGCCUCCUCCAUUCCUUAGCCAACCAUAACCUGUCCAUUUCCAUACUGGCACGUCGAUCACUUCGCCCAAAACUGAGUUUGCGGCCAGAUAUCAUAUAAAAGGGUCAUGACGGGCUCGCCGCCUGCGUCGCCUACGGGUGCCCCCCAGCGACCCUUCAGUGCCAUCAUGCGCACUCCGAGAAGCACCAGUCGCUUGAGCAUGAGCUCCAAACAAGGCGGAGGAAGUCGCCAUUCCGACGAGGACGGCAAGACCGCGGUCAAAGUUGCCGUCCGUGUCCGACCGCCUCUGAGGCCCAACGACCCGGGCUAUGAGCUGAUCCCGCAACGUUUCCAAAAAUCCAUGGUCCACGUCACCACGCCAACCAGCUUGGCAGUCGACGUCCCUCAGGGCCGCAAGUUGUUCGUUUUCGAUCGGGUAUUCGCCGAGACGAUAGAUCAGGACGGGGUCUGGGAGUACCUGAGCGACAGCGUCAAUUCGUUCCUGCAGGGCUACAAUGUCUCCAUUCUGGCGUACGGCCAGUCGGGCGCCGGAAAGUCCUACACCAUGGGAACUUCGGGGCCCAAUGAACAGAGCAAAACGGAGGCGAUGGGAAUCAUCCCGCGUGCGGCGCAGCUGCUUUUCGAAAAAUUGGACGGUCCCUCGAAACACAAUCGCAAUAGCUCGACAGGCCUUCGCACCCCCGCACGGUACUCCAUUGGCUCGGCCUCGAGUUUUGGAAGACAAAGCGUUGAUAAGAGCUGGCAGUUGAAGGCCACCUACGUGGAGAUUUACAACGAACAAUUACGAGACCUUCUCCUGCCCGAUUCGACCCCCGCGAGUGAUCGCAGCACCGUCACGAUUCGAGAGGAUACAAAGGGUCGCAUCAUCCUGACCGGACUGCACCAGGUGAACAUCAACUCGAUUGAGGAUCUGUUGGGCGCAUUGAACUUUGGUUCGUCGAUUCGACAGACCGACUCGACCGCUAUCAACGCCAAGUCGUCUCGUUCGCACGCCGUCUUCAGUUUGAACCUCGUCCAGCGGAAAUCCUCGAAUGGAGUGGCUACGCCCAAAGACAAGCGGAUGUCGAUGCCGGCCGAGGGCUUCUCGCCGGCCGAUGCGUCGGUUACCGUCGACAGUAAACUUCACUUUGUGGAUUUGGCUGGUAGCGAGAGAUUGAAGAAUACCGGGGCGUCGGGAGAGCGUGCCCGCGAGGGUAUUUCCAUCAACGCCGGUCUUGCAGCGUUGGGCAAGGUCAUCUCGCAACUGUCCUCCCGUCAGGCGGGCUCGCACGUUUCUUAUCGCGACUCGAAGCUUACCCGUCUUCUCCAAGAUUCGCUGGGUGGAAACGCCUACACCUACAUGAUUGCUUGCGUGACGCCUGCCGAGUUCCACCUGAGCGAAACGUUGAACACCGUGCAGUACGCGCAACGCGCUCGAGCCAUCCAAAGUAAACCCCGGAUUCAGCAGAUGGCGGACGAAAGCGAUAAGCACGCGGUGAUCGAGCGUUUGAAGGCGGAGGUGGCCUUCUUGCGGCAGCAGUUGCGGAAUGUCGAGGACCACGACCGGCGCAACGCCGCCCCUCAGGAGCGCGGGGAGCGCCAGAACGAGAGGGAAAUCGAUCUUCAGAACCAGCUGCUGGAUUCCCAGGAAAGCUACAACGCGUUGAGCCAGCGUCACGCCAAACUGAUUGCCGAGCUUGCCAGGGAUUCCGAACAGCCGGCCGAUGCGGAUCCCGACGACGUCGCAUCCGUGGUCGGAAAAAGCUCCGUCGAGCGACUGAAACGAUCCCAUUCGUUCGCCGAGUCGGUCGAGCAGGUGGUUUUGGAGUACGAGAAGACCAUCCAGAGUCUGGAAUCGUCCCUUUCGAACACUCGAUCGUCCUUGUCGGUCAGUGAGAGCACGCUUCUCGAGCGGGAGACGAAGUGCACCUACGUCGAAACGGUCAAUGCGCAACUCCAGGCCCGCGUGCAGAAGCUGUUGGACCGGGAGACCAGCACCGAGACAUACCUUCACGAGUUGGAAUCGAGACUGGACGGCCAGUCAUCGGGCGAGGAAAAGCAGGCGGCGGUCGUGUCCGAGCUGCGCAAGGAGCUGAGUCGGGCCCGUGAUAGCGAAGCCAACUGCGAAGACUAUAUUUCCACGCUGGAAGAGCGUCUGGCCGAAGCGGACCAGGACAUGGAGUUGAUGGGGCGGGAGGUUCAACGCCUGGAAAACGUCAUCGAACGCCAACGCAGCCUAGGCAAGUUGGACAACCUGCUUUACGACCUCGACCACGUCCAGCCCAACGGAAACAAGGACGACGCGGAGGAUGUAACCGAAUCGCCCACCCCAGUUGUCAAACGCGCCUACAACCCGCGCAAGAGGGCGACGUCGCUUGACGUGUUGACCGAGGCUGUCGAGACCGCCAUCCCCGAAUCGGACGAGGGUUUGGUCGAGCCGAUCCCUGAAAUCGAUGAGGAGGCCGCAGCCGAUUCCGAGACCGCUGCCGCAGGAGAGGAUCUGAAGGUCCUGGAGACGGCAACGACCAACAAGAGACAAACUCCCAGUCCCACGCAGUCGAACGUGGUUGCCGAUAAGCUCGACACCGUUAGCCAGGAACUGUUCGACCUGCGUACGCAGCAUGAGAACACCCUGAGUGACUACGAACUCCUCGAAACGAAGUACGAAGAGGCCCUCAGGGCGCUGGCGAAGGCGCAGCAGGACGCUGCCGACGAAACUCGUCAUCGCACAUCGACCGUGCAGCAGCUCGUCACCCCAUCUACCGCAUCUCGUCCGGUGUCUUUUUUAGACGAAAGCAGCAAGGCUCCCGAAUCGACAGCUGGAACGCAACACUCGUUCUCGCAGUCACUCUCAUCGGAAUUAUCCUUGGUCGGGGAGCCUGCUGCUUCACAGGAUACAUCUAAUGCCAAGGCCCAGCCAGAUGCUGAAGAGAACCAUCUCGACUCCCCCACUCAGUCUUCGGCGACUAGCCCUCAGGAGGUCGAGCACAUGCGGCAGCUGCUCUCUGAGCACCAGGAGGGCGUCACGAUCAUGACUCAGAAAUACGCCGAAUUGCAGAGUGAGCAUGAAGACACUCUGAAUCUCAUUGAGUCCCUGAAGGCCCAAAUCCAGAGGCCCAAGUCUGCCUCCCCGCCCACCACACCGGGAUUCUCCAAAUCGCCAGUGAUUCGAAGGAAGACUAGCCAGAGUCUCAUGUCAACUGUGGAUCGAGCCCACCGUUCUCUGGCCGCCCUGCGCAACAUUGCGGGCGAGGAAUUCGACCAGCGACCGGAUAAAAUGCAGAACUUCGAAGUCCACCUCGACUCGGCAAUGCAUGAACUGUACACCCGCAUGGAACGCAUUCAGUCGCUGGAGGCCGAGAACCAAAGCGUGAAGAAGGAGAUGGAGAUGAAGUCGACUAUCAUCUCUGGCCUGACUCGGGAGCGAUCCAGCUUGCAAGGGGGAGCUUCCUCGGUGGACAUGGGUUUGGUAUCCCAGCUGCGCGACCAGGUUGUGCAGCAGGAAGGCAUCAUCAACGAGCUGAAGGAGGCGCACGAAUCUCGACAGAAAGAGCUCAUUGCUGAGAUCCAGGAAUUGAAGGAUCUUCUCAAGACCCAAGAGGCUGCCGCCCGCGCUCAGGAUGCAGGUGCCGAGGCACAGUACCAGAAGAUUAGCCUUCUCGAGGGCGAAUUGGGCGAGUGGAAGACCAAGCACCAAACCGCCGUGGAAUCUCUGCAGUCCUCUGAGCAGCAACUCAGUGCCACGCUCGCCGAACUCAAUAGUGCAUUGGCCAACGUCGAUGCCAUGCGCUCCGAGCGGGCGGCUGCCGACGAGGCGUCCACCGCGGAGAAGGAGACCAUCGCUAGAGAGCUGGACAGCGAGAAGGCCCGCCAGGAGGACGUCGUGGAGAACCUCAAACGUGAUAUUGAAGAGCACAAGGCAACUGCCGGCGUGCACGUGGCGCGAAUCGCCUCGCUGGAGGAUGCACACAGUGCCGCCGAGAAACAGCUGGAGGAGCUCCUCGCAGCCAAGAACAACGACAACGCCGAGGUUGGAAAUCACCAGACCCGCAUCUCCGAGCUGGAACGUGAGAUCGACUCUCAUCGGUCUCUUGUCGAGUCUCACAAGACGAACUUGGAUGCCCUGCAGGACUCUCACCGACAAGAGCUAAGCGAACUCGAAGCAAGGGCUAACGCCGCCGCACAAGCGGAGUAUGAUUUGCAACUGGCGGAGAAGAACAGGGAACACGACGAGGCCAUGAAGACUCUCAGAACUGACAUUGCCGAAUCGCGCGACGAACUCGCCAAGUUGCUCAAAAUGGUCUCCGAACUCAUCAACUCCGACGUUACGGCUGACAACAUUGCCGAUCAGAUUCAAGACAUCUUGACUCAGAAGCAGCACUUCUCCGACAAGUACGCCGAGCUGCUCGGUACGAACGAGGAUCUUCGCAAGCAGCUGGAACUUCAGGGUGGCGACUCAAGUCGUUUGGAGGAGCUCACCAAGAGCAACAACGCCAAGGAACAAAAGGUCAACGAGCUUGCUCUGUUGGUUGCCACCCUCGAAGAUACCCUUCGGAAGAAAGACGACCAAGUCAAGAAGAAGGACGCGCUCGUUGCCGAGGUCACCGCUGAAAAGGAGAAAAGUGUCCGCCUUGUGGAGGAACUCGAAGAGCAGAUCACCAGCAGCUUUGAUCAGCACCACAACCGUCUUUCCGUCAUCCAGCAAGAGCGCGAGCAAGCUUUGGAGGAUGCCAAGGCCAGAAUUGUCGUGCUGGAGAAGGAUAUUGAGACCUAUCGUGUGCGGAUCGAGCAACUUGAGCUUCAAAUCAAGAACACUUCAGACAGUUCGCACGAUCGCAGCAGCUCUAUCACGUCCAACUUGCGAAAAAGCUCCUCAGCUACUUCUCUUCCUUCUCCGCCUCCUGCUAUCCCACUACCGCCUCUUCCCACUAUUGCUGCUGCUACGAACGGUAGCGUUUCACCCCCGAGCUCGCGGCAUACUAGCAAGGAGUUGGUCAGUACUCAGGUUGUUGAGGAUCAGGAAGCUCGCAUCCGCACGAUCGAGAAGCAUCUCUAUGCCGAAAAGCAGCUUACUGCGACGCUAGAGGAAGCCCUCGGCGACCUCGAAGCGCAGAGCAACAAGGUCAAAUCCGACUGCGAGGCCUGGAAGAAGAAGGCAUGGCAGUUGGAGGAGGAGCUGGGUACUCUGAAGAAAGAACGCAACUCGCAGCGUCUUUCUCUCCAGGCAGUGGAAGAGGAGAGAAGUGCCCGUCGCGAGGCGGAAGCUGCCCGGGCCCAGCUGGAAGAGCGAAUGAACGCCCUUAACAAGAAGAAGAAGAAGAGCACUCUGAACUGCUUCUAGGCUUCUACGUUGCAUCUCUUCCCCUUUCUCCCCUUUUCUCACUCUUUCUCUUCCCCCUUCCACUUUACCCCCUUUAUCCUUCCCUCAGACACGAUGUUCAGCUUCUUCCCCUGUAUUAUGAAUUUGACGUCGAUUCCCCCUUUUAGCUUCAUUGAUACCUUUCUCUGUGUGUAUUUGCACCUUUACCUUUUUGAUUCUCACCGUGCACAUUGCCCCGUCUCAUUAUGAUUUUUGCAUUAUGACAUUUUGUUUUUUUGUUUCGUUGUUUUCCUGCGUGGUGGAUUAUUAGCCUUGGCUGAUGAUUUGUGUAUGUACAUUUUUACCGACUACCCUUUCAUUUGCUCUGAACCUGCAUUUUUUUUUGUUUCAGCCAAAAUUUCUGGUCUCUGGUUUUGUCGUUGAGUAUACUGCGGAUACCAAUUGUUGAUGUUAGUUAGUCUUGGUCUGAUUCCGUUCUAGAGAUCGACGAGUACAU